UCACCCUAGCAGGCCUAAAAGCUCUUGCAUAGGGUUUGUGGCCCAAUCUCUCUCCCUCGGCGAACCACCCUGCCGGUCUACCUUGCUGCUUUGCUGCCUUGCUUGGCAAGCUUUAAGGAGCUUGAAGCUCUAAUGAAACCUCUUUCACUCUAAACUUUCAAGGUUCCAAGCUGAGCUCCAAAAGUACGACGAAUUCCUCUAUCGCAUAAUUGGCAUAAACAAGAUUGCCGGGGCUCAAUCGAAUUGAAGAUGUUUCUUACCAGGACUGAAUACGAUAGGGGUGUCAACACAUUCUCUCCGGAGGGGCGGUUGUUUCAGGUCGAAUAUGCCAUCGAGGCGAUCAAGUUGGGUUCGACUGCAAUUGGGUUGAAGACGAAGGAAGGAGUUGUGCUCGCAGUCGAGAAGCGCAUUACUUCCCCAUUGCUGGAGCCCAGCAGCGUGGAGAAAAUUAUGGAAAUUGAUGAACACAUAGGGUGUGCAAUGAGUGGAUUGAUAGCUGAUGCUCGUACACUUGUUGAACACGCAAGAGUUGAAACUCAGAACCACAGGUUCUCAUAUGGGGAGCCAAUGACUGUGGAGUCUACCACUCAAGCUCUCUGUGACCUUGCCUUGCGGUUUGGUGAAGGAGAUGAAGAAUCCAUGUCUCGGCCUUUUGGGGUAUCUCUUCUGAUUGCUGGUCAUGAUGAGAAUGGCCCUAGUUUAUACUACACAGAUCCAUCUGGAACAUUCUGGCAGUGCAAUGCAAAAGCAAUAGGUUCAGGUUCUGAAGGAGCAGACAGCUCUUUGCAGGAGCAAUAUAACAAGGAUAUAACGCUUCAGGAAGCUGAAACGAUAGCUCUUUCCAUAUUGAAGCAGGUGAUGGAAGAAAAGGUGACUCCAAACAAUGUUGAUAUUGCAAAGGUGGCUCCAACAUAUCAUCUCUACUCCCCGUCUGAAGUGGAGGCUGUCAUUAGUCGCCUAUGAAGAUUUCUUCCAAAUCCAUGCCUGUGGCUGAUUUCUUUUCCUUUGCAACACAUGCAUACAUUUUGUACUGUAUUGUUUAGUAGGAUUCCUCAUUUGCUUCCGUUCCCCCCUCAUUUUAGGGGCUGAGUAUGUCCAAAGCUAAUUCGGACUUUGGUUUCUUGAUUGUGGAACUGCAGCGUUAUGGCUUCUUAGUUUGAGAUAAAAAGGUCAAUGUUAAAAAUCUUUAUCUGGACUUAAUGGUAAAGAUGUUUCUCCUUAA